AUGGGUGCUAUAGACGUGCAGGAGAGCAAAAUAUGCAAUUCAGUACCUCAAGAAUAUCGCGGAGAAGGUACAUUUGUUAUAAAUUGCGGGAAUCUCGAUCGAACUGAAUUUAACAACGACGGCUUAGGAAUGUGGGGUAAACCAGCAGGGAAGAACCGUUAUUAUGGUCACUCUAAUUGUGGCCCUUUCACAAGAAUGGAUGAUGGCAAGGGUAACCUGCUCCCUAAUGCAAAGUAUGUAUGGAAGUGUAUGAUGCGGCGAUACGAGCAUCCUAUGACUGUUUGUGUGAAUAGAGGGCAGAACCGUUUCGUUAAGAAGGUUUAUACGGCCCUCUAUCCUCCUGAGCGAAAGGGAGUCGUUUCGUUGAUCGUGGUAACGUAUGAAUGGUUUGGAAAGCCGUUUAAUUUCCAGUUCACACCCAAGGUGCCUUCAAGGAGUCGACGUGGUGGUUUAGGUGGUCCUCAUCCGCCGCCUGGUUCGAAAGAUUGGCAAGCAGCUUCUUUUCAAAACGGCGUUAUGGCCGCACUCCCGGCUACUUGUUCUGCGUAUUUUGAUGACUGCCCCUUGUAUGCUGCGGGAGCUAUUGAUUUCAAUGCUGUAGCUGCUAUUGUUCUUGGUGGAACUGUAGUUGAACCAUCAAAAAUAUGUCAUAAAGUCCCACAAGGGUAUCGAGAGUGUGGUACAUUUGUGAUUGAUUUGUGUAACUUUGCCUCCGACGCUGAACUUAGAAGAGAUGACAAUGGAAGUUGGGGGAAACCAGCCGGGAAUUCGAGGUACUACAAAAUCGAUCCCGAUACGGGUGACGCUGUGAGAGUUGACCGUGCUUGCAAAUUAAUAGAAGGAGCCGAGUAUGAUGUGCAGAUUUUAUCCAAGAGAUACGAGCAUCCACUGGUCAAUGGAAGAUUUGUGCGUAAGAUUUAUAUCGGUAGAAGUCCAUCAAAUUCAAGGAUAUAUGAACCCUGUUUAACAUUAGCUGUUCUCACUUAUUACUGGAAAGGAGAGCCUGAGUACUUUGAAGUUGGACCACAGAGAAGGGUAAGAGUUCCUGAAGCUGUUGAAAGACCUCGUCUGGAAGUGCAAUACCCGUCAGGAUCAAGUCAGACAUGCUUCACAGAUCGUACAACACACCAUAUCUUCUUGCGAAAACGCUUCCUCAGGAUCAACGCCGAAAGACGAGAGAUUCCCGCGAGUGGUUAUCAUUCAAUUAUGUAUAGAACAGAAUAUGAGCUGCAGGUAUGGGUAGGUAGCGCACCUCAUGACGGCGACAAUAAUGCUCACGAAGAGGAAAUUAUCAUAGAAGACGGGAAUUUCAAUGAAGAAUUCCAAUGA